GCUGUCAAACCAAUUACUUGCCCUAUCAGUCUUUUGUCUAACUAUCAAUCGAGGGAACCUGGCAUCAAUCUUCAUUCUAUUCAGCGCUCAGUCGUGUGGGAAUGCCUCUGCCCCGUAACCUGUCGUCCGGACGACUCUGCAACUGCUUCGUCUUCAUUUGGCAGCUCCACGACCCCAAAACUUGCCUUACUUCAUAGCUAUAACCACUUAAAACCCAAAUCUUUCUUUCGUCGCCAAAUGCUUUUAGACGAGCAGUCUACCAACACCAAAUUGACCGGCCUCGGAAUCAAUUCUCAAUUAGAUCAUAUUUUUGAUGCUUCCAGGUCCGAGUUCACAGCCGACAAGGGGCGCAAGGAUGGUCAAUCUUCCACCAAUAGUCUGUCAUCUUCCGAGCUUCCUCAUUCAGACGACCAAAUUGAUCUUGGAGUCACCAUCGGUUCCCGGUCAGAAUCAAUAUCAGAUUCAGAUCUUAGCUUAGGGCCCCGAUCUCGUCUCCCUUCCUUUCGAUAUUUAGCCUCAUCCCUUCCAACAAAUUUGUCAGCCUGUUCUUCAGUAGAUGUGACUGGAUCUAAAACUCAUUUAUCUCCUGAACCUCAACUCGCAAGACAUUCUCCGAGCCCAUUGCGUGGGUCGCCACGUCAUUUAUCCAACAUUUAUCCAUCAACGCGCUUCUCUUUUUCCACUUCCCAUUCGUCUUAUUCCUCACGUUCCUCACCCUCUCAUUCUCAAUCUUCUUUAUCUUUGUCUUCUGCUACUACUUUGGAAACAGAUGAGCUUGGGCCUGACUAUAUUAGAAAUUCUUCUUUUAAGCAUUCCAAGCACAAUUCAUCUUCUUCUUGUUCAGAUGACCUGGACCUGACUACAUGGCUUCAGAAGCGACAAGCCAAGGCUAAAAUUCGUCGGGCAUUUCGAGUACCUGCAACAGAGGCUCCUAUCUGUGCCUCCACCACUCCCAGGCGACUCAGACGUCCUGGCCGAUCCACUGGUGUUUGUAAUAGUCGAAAACCUAAUCAACCUAUUCCGUUAGGCCGAUUCUCUGUCGGAACUCAUGGUUCCUUUACUACUGGUAGGGCAACAUUUCACUCACUCAGACAUCGGACUCGUUCAACGACUCAUUGGUCUGGCCAAGGUUCUCGUGCAAGUCUAGUUAAAGGCCCAAUUCCUAGUGUCUCUGUUUCUGAGGUUGCCAACAACGAUUGCCGAUUUAACAUGCCUGAAGUGCAGCAAAAUCACACUCACUAUCCACCAGAAACCUCUUCAUUUGGCCCUGCAGAUUCCUCAGAUUUCCGAUUCAAACUGCAAUCAUCAAGACGCAGCAAGCGGCGCAGAGGGCUGGCUCGUCGCGCCCAGGGUUAUCUGCCCUCUAGGCAUACGUCCCGGGCUCUAGUUAAUACUUUAAACGAAACAUCCGGGACUUGCAGCUUUCUUACCACUCUUUCUCCAGUGAAUGCUGAUUCUAAUAUAACUCUUUUCCCCGGAACUAGGAAUAAAUCAUCCUGCUCGAAAGGUCGUGGAUCUUCACGGAAAUCUUAUGACCAUGAUCAUCUAUCAUCAACUCGACGUCUCGUCGGGAGAAGGCGUUCUAUUUCUUCUCCACCUCCUACCCCUACUCCACAGCCUUCCUCGCUGGUAUCUGAGGCUUGCGGGAAGCAUAAAUUUGGAAGCAGGAGCAGCCGUUUUGAUAGAGGUUGGAGGUGA